UCAAUGUCAAAGUUUUCUGUGAUCAUCAAGGUUUGCUUGUUUUCAUUUCUUGUGAGUUCGUUAACAAGGAGAAGUGUUGCACAUUUUUCAAAUAAAUAACUACGGAGAAAAUCAAAAUAAUCACACAGAUAUCACGAUGUAUGAGCUAGAAGAAGAUCAAUAUGAAGAAGAUGAGACUGAGGAAAUCAGUUCAGAAUUGUGGCAAGAAGCUUGUUGGAUCGUUAUUAAUUCAUAUUUCGAUGAAAAGGGUUUGGUUCGUCAGCAGUUGGACAGUUUUGAUGAAUUCAUACAGAUGUCUGUUCAACGGGUUGUGGGAGAUUCUCCUCAAAUAGAACUACAGGCUGAACCUCGACAUAUUUCGGGAGAAAUCGAAAAUCCUACUCGCUAUACUUUAAAAUUCGAACAAAUCUAUUUAUCGAAACCCACCCAUUGGGAAAAAGAUGGUGCACCUUCUCCUAUGAUGCCCAACGAGGCUCGUUUGAGAAACUUGACAUAUUCUGCACCAUUGUAUGUAGAUAUUACAAAAACUGUGAUAAGAGAUGGUGAAGAUCCUGUUGUAACACAACAUCAAAAAACAUUUAUUGGAAAAAUUCCCAUUAUGUUGCGUUCCACAUUUUGUUUGUUAAAUGGACUGACCGAUCGUGAUUUAACUGAGUUGAACGAAUGCCCUCUGGAUCCAGGUGGAUAUUUCAUCAUCAACGGUUCAGAAAAAGUACUUAUAGCUCAAGAAAAGAUGGCAACAAAUACUGUUUAUGUGUUCUCUAUGAAAGAUGGAAAAUAUGCCUAUAAGUGUGAAAUACGUUCAUGCUUAGAACACAGUUCAAGACCAACUUCUACAUUAUGGGUGAACAUGAUGGCCAGAGGUGGUCAGGCCACAAAAAAAGCAGCUAUUGGUCAAAGGAUUAUUGCAGUCUUACCUUACAUUAAGCAAGAAAUUCCAAUUAUUGUUGUCUUCAGAGCCCUUGGAUUUGUGGCAGAUCGUGAUAUUCUAGAACACAUAAUUUAUGAUUUCGAGGAUCCCGAGAUGAUGGAAAUGGUGAAACCGUCACUCGAUGAAGCCUUCGUCAUACAAGAACAAAAUGUCGCUUUAAAUUUCAUAGGUUCGAGAGGUGCCCGACCUGGUGUCACAAAAGAAAAACGUAUCAAAUACGCCAGAGAAAUCUUACAGAAAGAAAUGUUGCCUCAUGUUGGUGUUUCAGAUUUUUGUGAAACAAAGAAGGCGUACUUUUUGGGGUAUAUGGUUCAUCGACUGCUUUUAGCAGCUCUUGGAAGGAGAGAAUUGGAUGAUCGUGAUCAUUAUGGAAAUAAGAGAUUGGAUUUAGCUGGUCCCUUACUUUCAUUUUUGUUCAGGGGUUUAUUCAGAAAUUUAAUUAAAGAAGUAAGAAUGUACGCGCAGAAGUUUAUAGACAAGGGAAAAGAUUUCAAUAUCGACUUGGCCAUCAAACCGAAAUUAAUCACCGAUGGUUUACGUUACUCUUUGGCCACUGGUAACUGGGGAGAUCAGAAAAAAGCCCACGAAGCUCGUGCCGGUGUAUCGCAGGUGUUGAACAGAUUAACCUUCGCAUCAACGUUAUCUCAUUUACGUCGUGUCAACUCUCCGAUUGGAAGAGAUGGUAAAUUGGCCAAACCACGUCAGUUACACAACACCCUAUGGGGGAUGAUCUGUCCUGCUGAGACUCCCGAGGGAGCCGCUGUAGGUUUAGUAAAAAAUCUGGCUUUAAUGGCUUACAUAUCUGUCGGUUCGCAACCGUCGCCAAUUCUCGAGUUCUUGGAAGAGUGGUCAAUGGAAAAUCUGGAAGAAAUCGCACCUUCCGCCAUCGCGAAUGCCACUAAAAUCUUUGUGAAUGGAUGUUGGGUUGGUAUACACAGAGAUCCCGAACAAUUGAUGUCCACUUUGAGGAAGCUCAGACGUCAGAUGGACAUCAUCGUAUCUGAAGUUUCUAUGAUUCGUGAUAUUAGGGAUAGGGAGAUAAGAAUUUACACAGACGCGGGAAGAAUCUGUAGGCCGCUUCUAAUCGUAGAAAAUGGAAGUUUGUUGUUGAAAAAGAAACAUAUUGACAUGUUGAAACAAAGGGAUUACAAUAAUUAUGGAUGGCAAGAUCUUGUAUCUUACGGUGCUGUUGAAUAUAUCGAUACGUUGGAGGAAGAAACGGUCAUGAUUGCUAUGUCUCCUGACGACUUGAGACAAGAAAAAGAAUAUGCUUAUUGUACGACUUAUACACAUUGUGAAAUUCAUCCGGCCAUGAUUUUGGGCGUUUGCGCUUCGAUUAUUCCGUUCCCUGAUCACAACCAGAGUCCUAGAAAUACAUAUCAGAGUGCUAUGGGUAAGCAGGCUAUGGGCGUUUACAUCACAAACUACCAUAUUCGGAUGGACACCUUGGCCCAUGUACUCUAUUAUCCGCACAAGCCUUUGGUUACCACGAGAUCCAUGGAGUACUUACGUUUCAGGGAUCUACCAGCCGGAAUUAACAGUAUUGUGGCUAUUGCUUGUUACACUGGUUACAAUCAAGAAGAUUCUGUCAUCUUAAACGCGUCGGCGGUGGAAAGAGGAUUUUUCAGGUCAGUGUUCUACCGAUCUUAUAAGGACUCUGAAUCGAAAAGUGUGAGAGAUCAGGAGGAACAAUUCGAGAAACCAACGCGACAAACGUGUCAAGGAAUGAGAAACGCCCUAUACGACAAACUGGACGAUGACGGUCUAAUUGCACCGGGUAUUCGUGUGUCAGGGGAAGAUGUGAUAAUAGGAAAAACGAUGAUCCUUCCUGAAAGGGAUGACGAGCUGGAUGGUACCACUAAGAAAUAUUCGAAAAGAGACGCUUCGACAUUCCUAAGAAACAGUGAAACGGGAGUCAUAGAUCAGGUUAUGGUUACCCUAAACGCGGAUGGUCAUAAAUUUUGUAAGAUCAAGGUUAGAUCUGUUCGGAUCCCACAAAUUGGAGACAAAUUCGCCUCUCGGCACGGUCAAAAAGGAACUUGCGGUAUUCAAUACAGACAAGAGGAUAUGCCUUUCACGUGUGAAGGACUCACCCCUGAUAUUAUCAUCAACCCCCACGCUAUCCCCUCCCGUAUGACAAUUGGUCACUUGAUCGAGUGCAUCCAAGGGAAAGUAUCAGCGUUGAAAGGGGAAAUUGGUGACGCGACGCCUUUCAACGACGCUGUCAACGUACAAAAGAUUUCCACCCUUCUUCAAGAAUACGGUUACCAACUGAGAGGGAAUGAGGUUAUGUACAAUGGUCACACCGGGCGUAAGAUCAACGCCCAAAUUUUCUUCGGGCCCACGUACUAUCAACGUCUUAAGCAUAUGGUGGACGAUAAGAUCCAUUCUAGAGCAAGAGGACCGUUGCAGGUGCUAGUCAGGCAGCCAACGGAAGGAAGGGGUAGGGACGGUGGAUUGCGUUUUGGGGAGAUGGAGAGAGAUUGUCAGAUCUCCCAUGGGGCCGCGCAAUUUUUGAGGGAGAGAUUGUUCGAAGUUUCAGAUCCGUACAGAAUACACGUUUGUAAUUUCUGCGGUCUGAUUGCAAUAGCGAACUUGAGGAAUCACACGUUUGAAUGUAAGGGAUGCAAGAAUAAGACGCAAAUUUCACAGGUGAGGUUGCCGUAUGCGGCAAAGUUGCUGUUCCAGGAGCUUAUGUCCAUGAAUAUCGCCCCCAGACUAAUGGUUACAUAAGAAUUAUAUAAAUUUAUGCUGAGUUUUAAAACUUUUAAUGUAAUUUUAUUAGCCUUUUAUUAUAUUGUAUGCAGUUUUUUUUUUACAGUAAAUUAUACAUUUUUCAAA